AUGGCGCCCAGCAUUAUCAAUGAUGUCCCAGGGACUUCGGUUGCGCUGAAGAAAUCAACAUCGACUGGCACGAAUAAUGAAAUUACGGCGGAGGACGGACCGACCUUCAAAUAUACAUCUACACAGAAGUUGAAAAAUGCGCAACGGCAAAUUGCCAAUGAUUUCCGGUCUGAUGUGGUUACGGUUCCGACGGAGAGUAUGAUGCAGGCCAUAAUCGAUGCCUCCGUACAGGAUGAUAUCUAUAAUGAAGAGGGAGAUCCGUCCGUCAACGCUCUACAGGACCGUCUUGUUGAAUUAACCGGCAAGGAAGCUGGUCUAUGGACAUUGUCAGGAACGAUGGGAAACCAGAUCUGUCUACGGACACAUCUCACGCAACCACCACACUCAGUACUCCUCGACUAUCGAGCGCACGUCCAUAAUUGGGAAUCCGGUGCUCUUCCCGUUAUGUCCCAAGCGUCUGCGACGCAGGUAUACCCUGCUAAUGGGGUACAUCUGACCCUGGACGAUGUUAAGAAACAUAUCAUUGCGGAUGGGAAUAGAGCGUCGGGAGAAAUGGAUAAAAAAACAGAAUCUGACUUCGCCUCAACAGUCCAUUUCCCUCCUACUCGCGUCGUCUCCCUUGAAAAUACACUCAGCGGAACGAUCCUCCCCCUGAAGGACGCAAAAGAGAUUUCCGAUUUCGUUCGCAAUUUCCCCGUCCCGGAAGGCCAGAAGCCAAUCGCAAUGCACUUGGAUGGAGCACGUCUCUUCGACGCCGUGACCGCAGAAGGAGUCAGUUUGAAAGAAUACUGCGCCUGCUUUGACAGCAUUAGCAUUUGUCUCGCAAAAGGCCUUGGAGCACCUAUGGGUAGCAUCAUCCUGGGCUCUAAACGGUUCAUUGAACGUGCCAAAUGGUUCCGAAAGAUGUUCGGUGGUGGAACGCGGCAGCCGGGAAUGAUGGCCGCCGCCGCUCACGCUGCUCUCGAACAUACCAUUCCUCUCCUUCCCGGCGUUCAUGCCCUUACCAAGAAGACCGCCGCUUCCAUUGCUGACCUGGGCUACACCAUCAGUCUCCCCGUGCAGACGAACAUGAUCGUUUUGGAUCUCGCAGCGGACGGUAUUCCCGCGGCCGCAUUCCUCAACUAUGGCAAGAAGCACGGUGUUACUGUCUUCCCCAGUGGACGGUUAGUGUUCCAUCAUCAGAUCACGGAGGAUGCGGCAUCCCGCUUGGUGGAUGCACUGAAAGAGCUCAUGGAGGAUAAGAAGGCCGGGAAGGAGCUGGAGAGCUACAAGGUUAGCGGAGGAUAUGUAUGA